AUGAUCACCUCGGAGCUCCCUGUCCUACAGGACUCAUCUAAUGAGUCUGGCCAGGCUGACUCUGUCAAUCUGAACAUGAGUGUCAGCGAACUGGAUGAAACAGGAGAAGGCAGGGCCAAGAAGAAAAGAGGAAGGCCUGCCAGACCAACCACGGCCAAUAAGAAGCCACGCAAGUCUCCUACAGACAAGGGCUCAGUGGUAGUAGCGCGGGGAAGGAAAGCCAAUGGAAUGGCCCAACAGAAUGGGGAGGGAGACCCCGUUACUCUUUUUGAGGUGGUCAAACUGGGCAAGAGCGCCAUGCAGUCAGUAGUAGAUGACUGGAUAGAGUCUUACAAGCAGGACAGAGACAUAGCACUUCUGGACCUAAUCAACUUCUUCAUCCAGUGCUCUGGUUGCAAAGGCACAGUAAGGAUUGAAAUGUUUCGCAACAUGCAAAAUGCCGAAAUUAUCCGGAAAAUGACAGAGGAGUUUGAUGAGGACAGCGGAGACUACCCUCUCACCAUGCCUGGCCCCCUGUGGAAGAAAUUUCGCUAUAACUUCUGUGAGUUCAUCAGCGUUCUGAUUCGUCAGUGCCAGUACAGCAUCAUCUACGAUGAAUACAUGAUGGACACGGUCAUCUCUCUGCUCACCGGCCUCUCCGACUCACAAGUCCGGGCCUUCAGACAUACCAGCACGCUAGCAGCUAUGAAGCUCAUGACAGCGCUGGUGAACGUGGCGUUGAACCUGAGCAUCCACCAGGACAACACACAGAGACAGUACGAGGCAGAGCGGAACAAGAUGGCAGGCAAGAGGGCCAACGAGAAACUGGAGCUUCUCCUGCAGAAGAGGAAAGAGCUUCAGGAAAACCAGGAUGAAAUUGAAAACAUGAUGAACUCCAUCUUCAAGGGUAUUUUUGUUCACCGUUACAGGGAUGCCAUUGCUGAGAUCAGAGCCAUAUGCAUUGAAGAAAUCGGAGUUUGGAUGAAGAUGUACAGUGAUGCCUUUCUCAAUGACAGUUACCUUAAAUAUGUGGGAUGGACCUUACAUGACCGACAAGGCGAAGUGCGAUUGAAGUGCUUAAAAGCGCUUCAGAACCUCUACACUAACCGGGAACUCUUCCCCAAACUGGAACUCUUCACAAACAGGUUCAAGGAUCGCAUCGUGUCAAUGACUCUGGAUAAAGAGUAUGAUGUGGCGGUGGAAGCUAUCCGGCUGGUUACGUUAAUCCUUCAAGGCAGCGAGGAUGCUCUGUCUAAUGAGGACUGUGAGAACGUUUAUCACCUGGUCUACUCAGCACACAGGCCUGUUGCCGUGGCAGCAGGGGAGUUUCUCCAUCGAAAGUUGUUCAGCAGACACGACCCCCAGGCCGAGGAGGCUCUGGCUAAACGCAGGGGAAGGAGCAGCCCCAACGGAAACCUCAUCAGGAUGCUGGUGCUCUUCUUCUUAGAGAGCGAGCUACACGAGCAUGCGGCGUACCUGGUGGACAGCCUGUGGGAGAGUUCUCAGGAGUUACUGAAGGACUGGGAGUGUAUGACGGAGCUGCUGCUAGAGGAGCCAGUGCAGGGAGAGGAAGUGCUCUCGGACAGGCAGGAGAGUGCCCUGAUUGAGCUGACAGUGUGUACCAUUCGCCAAGCUGCUGAGGCCCAUCCACCUGUGGGGAGAGGAACGGGCAAAAGAGUUUUAACUGCAAAAGAGAGAAAGACACAAAUUGAUGACAAAAACAAGCUGACAGAGCACUUCAUCAUGGCUCUACCCAUGCUACUUUCGAAGUACCAAACUGACUCUGAGAAAGUUGCCAACCUUCUGCAGAUUCCACAGUACUUUGACCUAGACGUCUACAGUGCUGGACGGAUGGAAAAACAUCUGGACGCCCUGCUGAAGCAGAUUAAGUUUGUGGUGGAGAAGCACACAGAGAUGGAGGUGUUGGAGGCAUGCAGUAAGACGUACAGUAUCCUGUGCAGCGAAGAGUACACCAUCAUGAAUCGUGUGGACAUUGCCCGGAGCCAGCUCAUCGAUGAGAUGGCUGACCGCUUCAGCCAUUCUGUGGAGGACCUCCUGCAGGAGGGCGAGGAAGCGGAUGAUGAUGACAUCUACAACGUGCUCUCCACGCUCAAAAGACUCACUGCCUUCCACAAUGCUCAUGAUUUGACUCGAUGGGACUUGUUUGGGAACUGUUACCGACUGCUCAGGACUGGCAUAGAACAAGGCUCCAUGCCAGAGCAAAUUGCGGUUCAGGCACUGCAGUGUUCUCAUUACUCUAUCUUGUGGCAGCUGGUGAAGAUAACGGAAGGCUCUCCAUCCAAGGAUGAUCUUGUUGCGCUAAGGAGAGUGGUCAAGUCAUUUCUUGCUGUCUGCCAACAGUGUUUAUCAAACGUCAACACUCCAGUCAAAGAGCAGGCAUUCAUGUUGCUGUGUGACCUGCUGAUGAUCUUCAGUCACCAGCUGACCACGGGAAGCAGAGAGGGGCUACAGCCUUUGGUAUUUAACCCAGACAGCACUUUACAGAAUGAACUGCUCAACUUUGUCCUGGACCAUGUCUUCAUCGACCAGGACGACGAGAACCAGAGCAUGGAGGGUGAUGAGGAAGAUGAAGCCAAUAAGAUUGAGGCCUUACACAAGAGGAGGAAUCUGCUGGCUGCCUUCUGCAAACUCAUUGUGUAUGACAUUGUGGACAUGCCUGCAGCUGCAGAUAUAUUCAAGCACUACAUGAAGUACUAUAAUGAUUAUGGAGACAUCAUUAAAGAGACUCUAAGCAAGACCAGGCAGACAGACAAGAUCCUGUGUGCCAAGACGCUCAUCCUCAGCUUACAACAACUCUUUAACGAGCUGCUUCAGGAUCAGGGGCCUAAUUUGGACAGGACCUCCUCGCACGUCAGCGGCAUUAAGGAGCUGGCUCGCCGUUUUGCUCUCACCUUUGGCCUCGACCAGAUCAAAACCAGGGAGGCUGUGGCCACACUGCACAAGGAUGGAAUUGAAUUUGCUUUCAAGUAUCAGAAUCCCAAAGGACCAGAGUAUCCUCCUACAAAUCUGGCGUUCCUCGAAGUACUCUGUGAAUUCUCAUCCAAGCUCCUUCGACAAGACAAGAAAACAGUCCACGCGUAUCUGGAGAAGUUUAUGACGGAGCAGAUGAUGGAGAGGAGAGAGGACAUCUGGCUGCCACUCAUCUCCUAUAGAAACUCUCUGCUGACAGGUGGAGACGAGGACCGCAUGUCUGUGACCAGCGGGAGCAGCAGCAGUAAGGCAGGCUCGGUACGCAGCAAGAAGGGCCGACCGUCCGUACACAAGAAACGCAUCGAAGAGGAGAGUGUGGAAGGCUCAUGGAUGAUGAGGAACGACACGCUACAGACCCCUGGAGCUCUUCAAACUCCUCAACUCACCUCCACCGUGCUCAGAGAGAAUCCCCGCCAAGCCGCAGAACACAUCCCAGAUCAGGACUCUGAGCCUGGCUCUGAAUCCGACUACGUCCACAACCCCCAGAUGCAGAUGUCUUGGCUUGGACAGCAGAAAAUGGAUGAGGUGAACAGAAAAGAACGCACGUCCAUGAAUUACAUGAAGGCCAGAAGCGGUGGAGUGCGACAGACUGUGCGCGGGCUUAUGGAGGAUGAUGCAGAACCAAUCUUUGAGGAUGUGAUGAUGUCAUCUCGUGGACAGCUAGAGGACAUGAGUGAGGAGUUUGAAGACACUAUGGUCAUUGACCUCCCUCCAUCAAGGAACAGACGUGAGAGAGCAGAGCUUAGACCAGACUUCUUUGAUUCUGCAGCCAUGAUUGAAGAUGAAUCUGGCUUCACCAUGCCUAUGUUCUGAGCUGCAUGGAUUAAGGAAGAAACGCGUAUGAAGUACGGUGUGGAGUAAAGGGCUUCUUAGC